AGCAGAGCAUAAGCCACGCUUUAUCCUGCCAGUCUGUCCCGCUCUGUGAGCACAGGAAACACGCGACUCCCCCAGCCCUCACUCACUCAUUCAUCACUCUCUUUCACACACUUCUACAGACACACACACUGCGGCUCACCAAGGACUGGAGGAUGGCUGUGUCCAUGAAAAGAAUGAAUGGGUCCUGGAGAGGGAUGGCUCUAGCCCUGCUUCUCUGUACUCUGCUCCUACACAAUGAAGUUCACUGUCAAGAUUCCAUUGAUACACCUUAUACAUCCGAUGCCAAAGAUGCCCCGGGUGCUGCACCGGGUGCUGCACCCACAGACGCCCCGGGUGCUGCACCCACAGACGCCCCGGGUGCUGCACCCACAGACGCCCCGGGUGCUGCACCCACAGACGCCCCGGGUGCUGCACCCACAGACGCCCCGGGUGCUGCACCCACAGACGCCCCGGGUGCUGCACCCACAGACGCAACAGGAGUCACAGCCCUCGCAGACAACACUCAAGGUACUGAUGCCACCAUCGAACCCCAAGCCCCUGUAGACGACAAAGCCACUACCGUCGCUAACUCCACAGCUGACAACACUGCUGGGACCAGUACUCCAGUACCAGACCAGGACACUGCCUUCACCUCCAUGGUGCCAGAGCAUGACCCCUUAGCCACAGGUGACACCUCUGGCACCACAGCUGGACCUGGUGUUGACACACAGGGCACUGAAGCUACUGAUGACCCGGGUGCACCUGUUGUGCUACUGGGGCAUCAGGCCCCUGUUUUUGUUCUUCCCAUUGUUGAGUGUGUGGACAAGGAGGCAGUGAAGGACAAGGACACAGUCAAGGUGGAGCUUUCUUCAGAAACUAGCUGUUCAGUGACCAAGAGAAUCAUGGAGGAUUCAGCCUGGUGCACAGGAGACUGCAACCUUAAACUGUUCCAGGAGGAGAACUCUAACACACUGGUUUUGACACGCGCUAAUGGUGGAGUCAAAGAAUUGUCAGAGAGCCUGAACAGCCAUGACAUCAAGGGCCAGCUGGGUGUGGUGGAGGCAGCUCCUCAGUGGGGUAAACACUCUUCCACCGUGCUGGUGUCUCUGCUCAUCACUGGCCUGCUGCUGGCUGCUGCCCUCAUCGGAGGCUACUGUCUGAAGAAACACUGCAGACACAACGCCAAGGGCAUGAGGCUGGCUGAGGAUGCGUACCCAGUGGAUGAGGAGAACCAGGGGAACACCCUGGUGUCUGUGGCUCCUCUCAACCCCCUGGAGACCCGGGAGAAGCCUGCUAACGGUGAUUCCCAAGAGGCCGCCAAGACCCAGCCCCCUCCCACCAACGGCCACUCCACCACCAACUUGGCAGACACAGAGCUGUGAAGACCCCCCUAGAACCCUUGGAGAAGAAGGAAACUUACCCCCCACCCCUCCAACACCAACCCUUCCCCUCAGAACACGGCAGAACUCCAGCGACCCCAUCCUACAGUGGACAUCAAGGACGAAAACUGCCCCUCAUAACCCCAAUAACCCCCACAUAAACACUCCUUCAGACUCUCCAUGUCCCCCACUUCGGCUACAUACAACUCCAUGGUAAAGACAGAUAAGAUUGAUGAUGAUAAGGCUUGAUACUAAUGUGAAUGAUGAUGAUAAUAAUGAUGCCGAGGGCUGUAUCCCUGUCCCUUGGAUGCUUUCGUCAUUCAGGCCUGGAGGUUGGGCCGAGGCAGGACUGGGUGGGGAGGGAGGGUUUUACGUUGUUAAUCCCCACUGGCUCCAGGACGGCAGCUGGGGUCCCAUCAACCACGUCAUCUGCCCUGCCUGCACGUCAUCAGGUUUAAAGCUUCCUUCCAAAAAUCCGUUAACCAUAAAUAGAAGCAAAGCUUCACGUUCAAUUCAAAUUUGUCCUUAGACCUUAGUUGAUCGCAAAAAAAAACUAACAUCCUUAAAUCUGUUUACAAAGUUCUGAGUGGAAUAAAGGAGCGCUCUGAGCUUGUUUGUUCAUCUUUGUGCAUGCUUGUGUGUUUGUGCUUGUUUUUUGUGUAUGGGUGUGUAUUUGAGCUAGCAAUUUUGUGUGUGCGCAAGACUGUCUGCGUGCGUGUUUUUGCGUGUGUGCGCCAGCUAUACAUUUAUUUUUUUUUCUCAAUUUUGUAAAACGAGUAGACAAGGUGAUGGCUUAGGGAGUUAGGUCCCCUAGUAGUGGCGAGAAGAUGGGUCCUCUUUUGGUGCUUAAUCUCACUGCCAAUCUGUAGGAGAUGAAGCAGGAAAUAUUUCUCCCCUUCAUUACUGCAAGCUGAACCCUGAUCAGCCAAUGAUCUGACAGGAGGUAGAAAAAGAAGAUCCACACAGUGUCACCAUGGCAACUGCUGAAAACCAUACCAGAAUGAUUUGUAUAAUGUCUGGGGCACAGUGUAGUGUAUAUAAAGAGGUCAGGUGUUCCAAUCCUUUAAAAUAAAUCAGUAUUAUGAUAUUUUCAAGACCUUUUGUAAUGGUAUAGAAUUAGACACUUAAUACAUACAGUAUUAUAUUGAACAAUGUUAUAUAAUAUGCUUCUGUUAUAUCAUGUUUUUGUGACUCGUGUACUCACACUUGCUUUGUUCUAAGCCACAGAAAUCAUUUUCACCAGCUUGCCAUGCAGACAUAAUGUAUAGGAAGGAGUGAUCACACACAGAAAGUACUUGCAGCUUCUUUUUGUUUAAUUUUAAGUCAUAUGAAUUCUGAGGUUAAGGUAUUGUUUGGGUCUCUUUUAGUGUGUCUGAAACAUGUCUUUAGCCUAGUUGCCCAUAUACGCAGGUAGCCUAGUGGUUAGAGUGUUGGGCCAGUAACCGAAAGGUUGCUAGAUUGAAUCCCCGAGCUGACA